AUGAUCAAUCAUAUUUCUGAAAUAGAUGCUUCCUACUCUCCGAUGAUAAAUUCCAACCACUUCAACAACGACAACCGUAGCAACCAUGGACCAUUUGUGGAUGAUAUCAUUUUUGAAAUUCUUCAUUUCCUUGAUUCAUUAUUUAUUAUUCAAAUUUGUAUGAAAAUCUCAAAACAAUGGAGACAAGUAUCAUUUCAAAUUCCUCUCUCAUUAUCAUUCCAACAAAAUCUCUUAAAACAAGUGUCUGAAUCAAUCAAACUUUUAGCUAAUUGUGAGUAUUUAAAGAAUUUGACUUGUUUGAAUCUGGGUGGCAAUGAAAUUGGUAAUGAGGGAGUCAAAUAUAUUGCCAAUAGUGAACGUUUAAAGAAUUUGACUUCUUUAGAUCUUAGAUACAAUGAAAUUGACAAUGAAGGUGUCACAUAUAUUGCUAAUAGCAAAUGUUUAAAGAACUUGACUUGUUUGAAUCUGAAACACAAUAGAAUUGGCAGUGAAGGUGUUAAAUAUAUUGCUAAUAGUGAAUGGUUGAAAAAUUUGAUCUAUUUGAAUCUGAGUUUCAAUGAAAUUGGAAGCGAAGGUGUUAAAUAUAUUGCUAACAGUGAAUGUUUAAAGAAUUUGAUCUCUUUGAAUCUUCUUCUCAGUAGAAUUGGCAAUGAAGGAGUUAUAUAUAUCGCUAAUAGUGAAUGUUUAAAGAAUUUAACUUAUUUAAAGCUUGUCAAGAAUAGAAUUGGAUAUGAAGGAGUUAAAUUUAUUGCUAAGAGUAUAUAUAUGAACAAUUUGACUAAUUUAAAUUUGGGCUUCAAUGAAAUUAACAAAGAAUGUGUUGAAUGUAUUGCUAGCAGCGAAUGUUUAAAGAAUUUGACUUCGUUGGAGCUGAAAGGCAAUGAAAUUGGUAAUGAAAGUGUUAAAUAUAUUGCUAAUAGUGAAUGUUUAAAGAACUUGACUCAUUUGAGCCUGAAACACAAUAGAAUUGGCAGUGAAGGUGUCAGAUAUAUUGCUAAUAGCGAAUGUUUAACUAAUUUGACUUCUUUGGAUCUCUAUUACAAUGAAAUUAACAAUGAAGGUGUUAAAUAUAUUGUCAAUAGCGAAUGUUUAAAGAAUUUGAUCUCUUUGGAUCUCAGCUGCAAUAGAAUUGACCAUGAAGGUAUUGAUUAUAUUUCUAAUAACGCUUGGUUCAAGAAUUUAAUUUCUUUGGAACUGCAAGGCAACCCCAGAGUUGACAAUAAUAAUUGGCUAAAUUUAAAUGGAUUUUUUUAG